AUGGAGGAGAGACUGAAAUACUUGACAUUAGUGGGAGCUGGAGCGCUUUUAGGUUCUGUUUCUACUCUAUUCCUUCUCAAGCUUCUUCCACGGCAAGUCACUCGGUCACUUCACCAAUCAAAAGUUGGAAAAGGAAAAAGAUUUCGUAAAGGAAUUGUUUCGGAAUCAUCGGUGAGAAGUUUGGUUGAUGUGGAUAGGAAUUCUGGAAUGGCUAGUUCAGACCUUUUAGCAGAUGAAAUAGUUUCUGAGCAAUUGACUAGGAACAUUCAAUUCUUUGGCCUUGAGGCUCAACAGAAGGUGACUGCAUCCUAUGUUGUUGUCAUUGGUCUUGGAGGUGUUGGGAGUCAUGCUGCAUCAAUGCUCUUAAGAUCAGGAGUUGGCAGGCUCCUACUUGUGGAUUUUGACCAGGUUUCUGUUUCAUCCUUAAAUCGCCAUGCUGUUGCAACUCGAGCAGAUGUUGGUAUUCCAAAAGCCGAGUGUCUCAAGAAGCAUUUCUCAACAAUCUUCCCAGAGUGCCACAUAGAAGCAAAAAUACUACUUUAUGAUGCAUCAACUGAAGAAGAAAUUCUUUCAGGUCAUCCUGACUUUGUUUUGGACUGCAUUGAUAACAUUGAUACAAAGGUGGCACUUCUUGCUGCAUGUGUGCGUAGGGGUUUAAAGGUUCUAUCUGCAACUGGAGCAGGUGCUAGAGCUGACCCAACAAGAAUACGCGUGGCUGAUUUAAGAGAGUCAACAAACGACCCAUUAUCUCGAGCUGUGAGAUACCGUCUGAGGAAAGACUAUGGCAUUGAGGGUGGCAUCCCUGUUGUGUUCUCUUUAGAAAAACCUAAAGCUAAGCUGCUUCCAUUUAAGGGACCAAGUGGAGAAGAAGAAAAUCCUUCUGACUAUCAGGUAGUACCUGGAUUUAGGGUUCGCAUAAUACCUGUUUUAGGUACCAUCCCUGCAAUAUUUGGACAGGUCAUGGCCUCCUAUGUUGUGACACAACUCACGGGAUUGCAUGUUCAAACAGAGCCUAUAGUAAAUUUAGAUUUGGAUCAUUAUCGGGUGCUUCAUCAGCGUCUUAUUGAGCAUGAGGAGUCAUUGUUUGGCACUGCCGUGCAAGUCCAGGUGGAUGCUGAGGAAGUGAUGUAUAUUGCCAAAGAACUGUGGCAUGGGCGAAGUGCUAGAGAUCAGUCUGCAAAAGAUGUUGGACGUGGAAUGUGGCGAUCUGUAAACGAGUUAAUGCUUGUGAGGUGGGACAAAGAGAAGCCAGCAUCUGUCUCAAACUUGAUUCUUUUAAAAUUUAAAGAGGCAGAUGAACAUGAGUCGAGGACGCUUGAAGAAAUCAAGGAAAUGGAACCUGACUUUUAUGAGAGGGUGACAACUGCAUUGAAACGAGCUGAAUUGGACUUUGGCUUGUGA